UUCCGCCGCCGGCCCAUGUGGUGCGGACGCAGCACGUGUGAGCAGGAGAGAGAGAGACAGCGAGCGCCCGAGUGCGGAGGACGGAGAGCGGAGCGGCGACACAACUCAUCCGAUUUCUGCGCCCAGGUCGUUGCAGCGAUACAUCCCGAGACGCGAACAUGAAGCCAGGCUUCAGUCCGAGAGGCGGGAGGGGAGGAUUCGGAGACCGAGGAGGAGGAGGAGGAUUCGGAGACCGAGGAGGAGGAGGAUUCGGAGGCCGCGGACGAGGCGGGUUCGGGGACCGAGGCGGUGGCAGGGGGCGUGGCGGCUUCAGAGGCGGCCGAGGUAAGUGGGCCGGCGUUGGUGAAGGACACACCGGGCAGGAAGGUCGUGGGGGGCAGGAGAAGAGGUUCGAGCAGGGAAGCGGGAAAGGAAAAAAAUUCAAGGGGCUGUCGGGUGGGAGGAGGAGCCGGACGCCGGGCUCCGGGAAUUGGGGCGUGCCGGGCUCCUCCGGGGCGGGUGCGGUGUUCUGGGGGUUCGGCCCCAGCGCCGUGCUGUCCAGAGUUGCGCCCUCAGGUGUUGUUGAUGAAGACGGGUCUGCAGCAGGAGCCCGGGGUGGUGACUGGGCAGCCCUGCUCUGGGCCCUGGGCUGGUGGGACUGGCGGCUGGAUCCUCACGGCCCGUUGGGGUUCUCUUCGCAGGAGGGCGAGACGAAGAUCGAGUACAGGGCAUGGAACCCCUUCCGCUCGAAGCUGGCGGCCGCCAUCCUGGGAGGCGUGGACCAGAUUCACAUCCGACCCGGGGCCAAAGUCAUGUACCUGGGCGCGGCCUCGGGCACCACCGUCUCCCACGUCUCGGACAUCGUCGGGCCGGAGGGGCUGGUCUACGCUGUGGAGUUCUCUCACCGCUCCGGAAGAGACCUGCUCAGCGUGGCCAAGAAGAGGACCAACAUCAUCCCCAUCAUCGAGGACGCCCGCCACCCACACAAGUACAGGAUGCUCGUGGGCAUGGUGGACGUGAUCUUCGCCGACGUGGCCCAGCCUGAUCAGACGCGUAUCGUGGCCCUGAACGCGCACAACUUCCUGAAGAACGGCGGCCACUUCGUCAUCUCCAUCAAGGCGAACUGCAUCGACUCCACGGCGGCGCCGGAGGCCGUCUUCGCCUCGGAGGUGAAGAAGAUGACCCAGGAGAACAUGAAGCCGCAGGAGCAGCUGACGCUGGAGCCGUACGAGAGGGACCACGCCGUCGUCGUGGGCGUCUACAGACCACCCCCAAAGCAGAAGAAGUAAGCUUGUGCUGGAGUGGGACUCUCAGCUGGCACGAGGCACUGGCACCUCCCCUCCCUCCUUCUCCACCACCGUAAAAACAGCUGCCGGCGUAGCCUCUCAGGCGGGGUUGGCAGCAGUGACAGCGCCUCUCACUGGCCACGGAGUGAACUGCGCUGUCUGCCCCUUCCCUGACCUCCCUGCUUGUUCAGUUGCUUCCCGUCUGUUCCGAAAGGGGAGAAGGCGCCCGAACUCGUGAACUGUUUUGAUCCGGACUGGUGGCGGGGCGGAGGAACCCUGGAUUUGGGUUCUGGUUGUGAAUGUUUCGCCGGAAGACGUGCCUGGAAACGUUACCCCCCAGAAUCUUUCUUCCACCCCACCCCCUUUCCCCCACCACACCUCUUUCUUUUUGUUUGCAGUUUUGUACGCAGAUGAAUUACAUCUAUGGAAAAGUGCGAAAGUGUCAUUUUGGGUUUUUUUCUUGACAAGUAGUCGCAUGCUGGGUGAUGCUGUGGAGCGUCUGCUCAGGCGGUGGGCAACCUAUGUCCUGUGUUGUGUAUGUUUUGUGAAUGGCGUGUUGUACCCGUCUCACAGUGGUUUCAGGGGCAGGGAACUGGGACUGUGUGGGGGUUUUAAAAGUGCCUCCUGCUCUGCUACUGCUGUGACUUGGCUGGUUAAGACGUCAUCACAAAGCUGUAACAAUAUUGCUUUUUUUAUUAAAAUGACUGAAAUAAGCA